GUGGCGCUCAGCCGCUGGACUCCCCCCGCUCCGUGGCCUCGAUUGGAAAGGGGAGCCGAGAGGGAGUGAAGUUUGCAAAAGGAGAGAAAAAGCCCCAGGACAAAUGCUGGUGGAGCGGCCAUCUGCAGAGCCCGAUGGCACUUUCAAGAACAGCCUGAGCUCAAAACAGUGGGAAGUCGGGACGAAUACUCACGGGAUCCCCGGGGAAAGUGGCACCGAGAACCUCCCGGUUAUGAGCGGAAAUGUUGCAGAAGGCACGUAUCGGGCCCCUUUGACGAUGGUGUGCGGGGCCUUACGGGGCAGCGAGGUGACCUUCCAGCCCAGCCGUAGCAACAGCGUGGACUCAGCCCUCCCCCUGCGGGCCGCAGGCUGGCUCAGCCGAGGGAAAGCCUUCCUUCGGUCCAGCCUGAAGCUGCCGCUGGGCGAAGCCCGCUCCGUGCAGCGCGACAGCAGCAGCAGCAGCAGCAGUGGUGGGCCUAGUGCUGCACCCUCGCCGGGCGGCUGGCUACUAGCCGACCGCCCUCUCCACCACUGGCCCGCGGCCACACACCUGCACGGAUACAGCCUGAAGUUGCUGGACUGGACGGCCACGGACACGGAAAUGGACACGGACGGGGAGGAGGGCCACCCUUUCCUCGACACCCUGCAGCUGAAGAACAAACUCGAGCGCAGGAUGUCCGAGGUCUUGCCUCACAAGAGUCCUCUCGAGACCGUACUCCCGCUGAAGCCGGCGCUGGCUCGAUCCGCGUCGCAGAAGCUGCUGAACGCCAGCCGGCCGGUGCCUCCCAUCGAGAGGAGUGCUUCGCACACCCAGGAGGCCUGCAACAAGGACCUGUCCUCUGUCCACAAGGACCCCGAGGCCACCGAUGGCCUAUCGCUGGGAAGGCCAGGUCUGGAAGGUAGUAAGGGACUUGCAAAACCCGUCUUGGUCCCAGAGGAGGUGAGGAUCUCUCUUCAACACCUGCGGAGCAGUGCGGAGAAGAAAAGGAAGUUACUGGGUGCCAGCUUAUGCCAGUUGCCACUCAAGUUGCCUGAUUCAUCGGAGGACGGCUGCCGGCCCCUGCCUUGCACACCUGCGCGGCCAGGAGCCCAGACACAGACUGCAGCCCCCACUCAGAGAGACCCAGUCGAACACGAGCCGAUCUCGGGACCCGAAGAACAAACUGCGCAGGACGCAGAUGGCCCCCACAACGGUCUGAAAGGAAAGAGGAAGAACAGGAGCGGUGUGAAACAGGACGUGGAGAGGAUACCUCCUCCAACAGCAACUGAUCGGAGCACAGGUGAGCUAUGUGGAGCUGGGGCAGACUCCCAUCUGUACCUUCAGGGUAUUUCAUGUCUGAGCAGAACACAAGGUGGUCUCCUAGUGAUAAAUAUGCACUCAGAACACAGUCUGGCCCAGAUUGCACCAUCGUUGGCUGAGAAGGUCAAAGGUAAAAGCCAGACCAUGGUCAUCUCGUUCAGGCUGAGCGUGGAGCGGGGGCCGGAGGCUGGCGAUGGGGGUGGAGUGGAGGCCGAUGAGAAGGCAGCGCAUUGUAGACCAGGGAAACAUGCUCUCGUUAAUGCUUUGGAAAGCAAGGACCAGAGAGAGGUAGUCGAGCAAACGGAUCAAAUAACAGAGGUGAACAAUUCAUCUAUAGCAACUUCGCAGCCGGCGGAGCUGCCGCUCUCUGGCCACGUGGCCAUCUCCAAGUCGGCGCAGGAGAAGAUGCGGCAGAAACGGAGGGAGGAGAUGGAGCAGCGGGAGCUGCAGAAAGAGCGCGAGCUGAUGCAGCAACUGAGGGAGCGACUGCAUGAAGUCAACCCACACCACACCUCAGUCCCCGCUUGGGAAUCGCCGAAUGCCAGGGAGUUGAAGAAGAUGGGCCUCAGUUCCACAGUUUCCAGUCAAGCCACUUCCCUGCGAAAACGGAUCAACAGGCCCUCGCUUCCCAGUAUUCCCAACAUAUCCCAGUUCUGCAAUCUGACUCGCAAUAUCUCUGCUCACUCUUUACCUGACUUCCCCCUGGAUUCUCGAGAAGGAGGGAAGGACUCGGACUCGGAUGAACCGUUGGAGAUGGGCUUGUUCACUCGUCAGGAGCAAGGACUGACCGAGGCCCUCAAACUCCUGGCAAACAGCGACUGGGAGAUGAAGAGGAAGGGGCUGUCGAGCGUGCGUCGCUUGGCACGUUUCCACCAGGAGAUUCUCCUCACGAGGCUCCACACCGUCGCCCUGGCAGUGACGGAGGAGGUUAACAACCUGCGCUCCAAGGUUGCCCGCUCAGCCAUCCUGACCCUCGGAGAGCUCUUCUCGCAGCUGAGGAGGAGCAUGGAUCAGGAGGUGGAGGAGGUGGCCAGGAUCUUGCUCCACAGGACCAGCGACUCCAACGAGUUCAUCCGAGCGGAGGCAGUCAAGGCGCUGUCCACCAUGACGCAGAGCGCCAGCCCGUCCCGGGUGCUGGGUGCUCUCAUCGCAGGCGGCUUGAAUCACCGUAACUCCACGGUUCGGAAGUGCGCGGCUGAGAACCUCGUGCUGGCGGUAGACCACGUGGGGGUGGACAGGCUGCUGUCCGGGAGGAGGGACCUCGUGGACCAGGUCGUGCAGUCCGCCGUUAAGUUCUCCCAGGACGGGAACCAGGAGACAAGAUUCUACGGGAAGAAGGUGCUGAACAUGUUAGUGUUCCACGAGGAGUUUGGGAGAUAUCAAGACCGCUCUCUCCUGUCUCAGGAUGUCCACUGUAUUAUCUCAGCCAUCAAACAGAGGGGCCUUCAAGAUGCUUCUUUGGAACUUCUCUCCCCAAAGGAUGGAAGGUCAAGGGUGAACAGCUCGUCAAAUGCUCAGGAGGAUGUGCUUACCACAGGAAGGGUAGAGCAGGGCACCCCACGGCAGCCGAGGCUGGUGCCCCAGCAGCCCAGUGUACGGAGCGCAGAGGCGAUGGAGCAGGUGAAGCAGCUGAACAAGAUGCUGACAGCCAAGGAGUUCCAGGAGAGGAUGCGUGGCAUUACCGUGCUGUUGCAGCUGUGUGACGGCAACCCAAGGUUGCUCACCUCCAAUAUAGUGGACAUCUUUGAUGCCUUCAUGCCGCGACUCCAGGAUUCCAACAAGAAGGUGAACCAGUUUGCCCUGCAGUCCUUGGCAGCCAUCAUCCCGGUGCUGAGGGAGGAUUUACACCGGGUGCUGCACUCGAUGGUCAUUAUAGUCACCGACAACCUGAACUCCAAGAACAUGGGCAUUUACACCACGGCCACACGCGUCCUUGAUACCCUGAUCGAAUGUACAGACAACCUGCUGCUGCUCCAACCCUUUGCCAGCCGAGUGCAGUUCAUCAGUGGCCGGGCGAGGCAGGACAUCACGGAGCGACUUGCAGUGCUGGUGCUGUCUGUGUACCGCCGGAAGCCCCAGGCCGUGGAGCGGCACGUUCUGCCCGUGCUCUGGUACCUGCUGGGCAACAUGACUGGCAACGGCGUGAUCAAAGGCGGCAGCGGCAACAUGCGGGCAGCCACUGCCAGGCUGGCCAAAGCUCUGCAUCAGGAGAUGGGCACGGGACUCCAGGAGUACGCACAGAGCCAGCCCGCCCACGUCACCAAAACACUCCGCCACUUCACCGAGAAGGAACUUUAAUCCUCACAGGACAACUCGUCUCCGGUUUACAGAUUCACCAGCAAGGAGCAGUCGGAGAAAGUGAAGCCAUCAUUCGAAACAUUGCCUUUCCCCUGAGCACUGAUUUUUGCAAAAGCAUAUUCUGUCCCAACAAUGCUUCACUAUCCACCUCCCCUCCCAUCUUCCCCUCUCCACUUCCCCUCCUCCCCUCCCC